AUGAAGAAUUCCUUGCAGUAUGUAGCAAGCGAUAUUCGUGAUGAAUGGCAUACUGAGAUUACGCCAGAAAAAUAUCUUAUAGGUGAUGUUAUUUCUGAAGGAUGGAAUAAUACCGUUGUAACAGCUCAUUCUUAUCCAGUACUAAAAUAUUUCACUCACUCAGAACUUCGAUCAUGCGUUAUCAAGACAAAAUAUAUCGGUACCAUGCUAGAUGACAUUUUAAGUAAUUCAAAUGAUGCUGAAGAAAGAAACUUCAGGAUUUCUCAACUUAUUCGACGAAUAAUUAUGGAAGUUUACAUUUUGAAUAGGGUUCGCCAUUCCAAUAUAAUGCAUGCUCAUGCGACAGUAGUAAAUGAAGAUUCACUUUCGCUGCAGUUAGUUCUUCCUCGAUUAUAUCAGCUAGAAGAGCUUAUUGAUAAAUAUAGACGACAGACAAAAGGAGAACCUAUGAAUAUUCGUAUAAUUGCAAUGAUAAUUCGUCAAGUUUGCCGAGCACUUUCUUAUAUUCACGAUGCUAAUAUCAUUCAUAACGAUGUUCAGCCAGAAAAUAUUUAUUUAACUCGACGUGGUACUAUUAAAUUAAGCAAUUUUACUACUGCGCGAAUGAUUACUAAUGAAUAUAUUGCUGAAUGUUGUUCUACUCCUGAUGGAAAACCUGAUUAUAUGUGUGCAGAAAAGCAGUACAAUUUAAAAUAUGCAACAAGUAUAACUAAUUAUAAGAAAUAUUCAACAUCGACGGAUAUUUGGUCAUUAGGUGUUUUGAUUAUUCAUAUGAUCAGUUAUUAUCCUAAUGAAAAAUGGCAUCGAUUACCUCGAACAUUUGCUUUGCAAAUGAGUGAACGUGGAAUGCCAUUUCGAUGGUUAAUAAAUGAUAUGAUGCAACUUUGUGUAAGAAUGGAACAGAGCGGAGAAAAAAAUUUGAAGCAAUAUUUAAAUGAUACAAUGCUUAAUGUUGAUCCAAAUGCACGUUUUACAGCAAAACAAAUUUUAAAAUCAUCACUGAUACAAAAAUGGUGCAACGAAAGUCUUGAACAGGAUAAGGAUUAUCUAGUGAAGCAUUUCAUUUGUGAAUUAGACUGGCAAAAUCGUCUUAAACUUGAUAUUGAUGGAUAUAAUUACAAUGCAUGCGAAGCAAAGGAUAUUCCAGCUGAUUUUUAUUGGGAUAAUACAUGGAAAAAACUUGAGCAACAAUCAUUUGCAUACCGAUUAUUUAUAUAUGAUAACGAUCGUUUACGAAUUGGAAGCGAUAUUGAAAGACAUUUCACGCAUUCAGAUAAUUCGUUAUUUCAAACGUUAAUGCUAGCUGUUGACGUAGGAACGCUUGAGAUGUUCGAUAUAAUACCUGUUGAUCAAAAUAUUCGAAGCUUGUGUUUUUCGUUAAUACGAACUGCAAAAUCUCAUAAGUAUAAUCUUGACAAAUGUGGACCUGAAGAAGUGCUGUUUGAUCUGCCACCAUCUUUUCAAUACGAUGUGCGUAUAGCAAAAAUUAUUGUUUAUCUCAUUAAGUGA